AAGAAGGAAGACUACAUCACAGAAGCCUUUGGGAGACUGGGAGGGUAACUUCCUGCUUAAACCAACCUCGCAAAAGAGAGCAGUACGAAAUCAGAUGCGGCAAGCAAAAUUAGGAAAAGUAACCCCACUGCGAGUCAGCCAUCACAGAGAGCUGAUUCCGUCUAUCCUCAAAGGAGCAGCAGCAGAGGGAGGCAGAGGAUGAGACCAAGAGCGGAGAUGAGCAGCUGGGCGCUGCGGCUGCGGGUAAUGUUGACCUUCCUGCUGUCUUUGUGCUGCCGCGCUCUCCCGGACCAGAUCCGCUAUUCGAUUCCAGAGGAACUGGCCAAGAACUCGGUGGUAGGAGACCUCGCCAAGGACCUGGGACUCCGUGUCCAAGACUUGCCUGCCCGGAAGCUGCGGGUUAGUGCAGAGAAGGAAUACUUUACUGUAAACCCAGACAGCGGGGACUUGCUUGUGGGUGACAGAAUAGACCGGGAGCAGAUUUGUGGGAGACAGCUUCUGUGUAUUGUGCAUUUCGAUGUUGUCGCUGAAAACCCCUUAAAUAUUUUCCACGUAGCAGUAAUUGUUCAGGAUAUAAAUGACAACACUCCGCUAUUCAAACAAAAUAAGAUUGCCUUAAAAAUUGGAGAAUCCACUAAGCCAGGUAAAACGUUUCCUCUAGACCCAGCCCAGGAUUCAGAUGCUGGUCUUAAUUCACUACAAAGGUACCAUCUUCAUGACAAUGAGUACUUUGAUCUUGCAGAGAAGCAGACUUCAAAUGGACAUAAAUAUCCUGAGCUGAUCCUCAAACAUUUUCUGGACAGAGAGGAGCUUAAUUUUCAUCAGUUGGUCCUAACAGCUGUGGAUGGGGGAGACCCACCUCGAAGCAGCACCACCCAAAUCCAAAUUCAAGUCACUGACGCCAAUGAUAACCCUCCAGUGUUCAGCCAGGAUGUGUACAGGGUCACCUUGCCGGAGGUGGUCCCCCCAGGCUUCUCGGUGCUUCAAGUGACAGCCACCGACCAGGAUGAGGGCACUAAUGCAGACAUCACCUACUCCUUUCACACUGUGGACGAACAUGUGGAACAGUUUUUCAACUUAGACAAAAUAACAGGGGAAAUCACAACAAAGGAUAAUUUGGAUUUUGAAAUUGCCAAUAGUUACACUCUGAAUAUAGAAGCAAAAGAUCCUGGAGAUCUUGCCUCCCAUUGCAGUGUUCAAGUUGAAAUUCUUGAUGAGAAUGAUUGUGCACCUGAAGUGAUUGUGACUUCAGUCUUUACUCCACUACCAGAAGAUUCACCUCCAGGGACAGUGAUCGCCUUGAUUAAAACGAGAGAUAGAGACUCUGGAGAAAAUGCAGACGUUUACUGCCAGAUCUUGGAAAAUACAGGGUUUAUGUUGAAAUCUUUUUCAAAGAUCUAUUACAAGCUAGUGACAGACAGGGCUCUAGACCGAGAGGAGAUCUCUGAAUACAACGUCACCAUCACAGCCACUGACAGGGGUAAGGUGCCCCUCUCCUCCAGCACAAGCAUCAUCCUGCACAUCUCAGAUGUCAAUGACAAUGCACCAGUUUUCCACCAGACCUCCUACAUGAUCCGCGUAGCUGAGAACAACCUUCCUGGGGUCUCUAUAGCUCAAGUCACUGCCUGGGACUCUGACCUGGGACCAAAUGGCCAGGUCUCCUACUCCAUCGUGGGUAGCGACCUGCCUAGAGCGCUGCUGUCCUACGUGUCCUUGAGCACAGAGAGUGGAGUGUUUGUGCAGCGUGCCGUCUACCGUGAGCAGCUGCGUGCCCUCCAGCUCAUUCUGCAGGCCCGCGACCAGGGCUCGCCCACACUCAGCGCCAACGUGAGCCUGCGCGUGCUGGUGGGAGACCGCAAUGACAACGCGCUGCGGGUACUCUACCCCGCGCGGGCCGAUGGCUCAGCGCUCUUCGACACGGUGCCGCGCGCCGCGGAGCCGGGCUACCUGGUCACCAAGGUGGUGGCGGUGGACGCUGACUUGGGACACAAUGCUGUGCUUCAGGCCAGAGACCCUGGGCUCUUCAGCCUGGGGCUGCGCACGGGCGAGGUGCGCACGGCUCCUACCUUAGGCGAUAAAGACGCAGUUCGCCAUGGUGGAGAGCCUCCUCUUUCUGCUACUGCCACGUUGCACCUCAUUGUCGCGGAUAACCUGCAAGAGGUGCUGCCAGACCUCACUGAAGGUCCUGAGGGGCUCUGCAGUUUUACCUGGUGGUGGCGUUGGCCUUGGUCUCUGUGCUCUUUCUUCUCGCUGUGAUUCUAGCAAUUGCUCUGCGCCUCAGGCACUCCUCCAGCCCAACUGCCUGGAGCUGCUUUCAGUCUGGUCUCAGCUCUAAGUCUGGAUCUCGGAUUCACCCCAAUUACAGUGAAGGAACAAGACCCUAUUCCUAAAAAAUGUGCGUUGCCUUAAAAUCAGCUAGAACAGAGUUUAAUUUUCUGAACGUGACUCUGGAAGUAGCUCCCCUUCAGGAUCUCCUGUGUGGUGAUCCUUCUGUGGUUGCAUGCCUCAAUAAUGGAGAUCCCAGACUAGUUGAUGAUGCUUCUUUUUCCUCUCAUGUGUUUCCAAUCCUGCUUGAAUUUUGCCUACUGCAUUGAAGUUUCAAUUAUGCAUAAUUAAUUGAGACCCUUUUUUGUGACUGUAAUGAUGAUAUGUGGAGUGAGGGCUUGUUGGAUGGGUGGAAAUUAGCUCCUUCAUUGCUCCACCCUCUUCGCUAUUGCCUGCUUACUAAUUUGUGGUUUUUGCUGUUGGCAUUUCUGUAUGCUUGGCAAAUUUUGCUCGAAAGAAUGAUUUUUUUUGAAUGUCAACACUUCUAAUAAUACCAGUACCCUUUCCUCCAAGUGAUACUAUUUUUUCAAGUAGUCAUAUGCUUAACACUUACAAGUGUAUUGAAGUUAAAAUAUAUGUUCCUCUUCAUCAA